AUGGAGCCUUUGGGAGCUUUCUGUCCUCGCUCCAGGCCAUUUUGUCGACUGGUCUUGAUUGAGGUCUUCUGGCACCUAAGGCAGGAGGGUCUAAGCCCUGCAAAGAAGAUGAAAAAGUCACUGGAGACGAUCAACCCUAGGCUCCAACUUGUUAUGAAAAGUAGAAAGUGUGCUCUGGGGUACAAGCAGGCUCUGAAAAUGAUCAGACAUGGCAAAGUGAAACGGAUCCUCCUUGCCAACAACUGCCCAGGCUUGAGGAAAUCUGAAAUAGAAUACUGUACCAUGUGGGCCAAAAGUGGUGUCCAUCACUACAGUGGCAAUAAAAUUGAAUUGGGCACAACAUGUGGGAGAUACUACAGAGGAUGCACACUGGUUGCCAUUGAUCCAGGUGAUUCUAAUGUCAUGAGAAGCCUGCAGACUGGGGAAAGGUAA